AUGAAAUACCUCAACUACGAUUUUAUUGCAUCCACACAUUUACAUUACUUGAAGAGUUAUCGUUAUAAGGGUACAGAUCAGUCCCUCUUAUACAAUUACAUCCUCUCUCCUUUCGCUGAAUUAUGGCUAAGAUUUGUACCCAUGAAUGUUGCACCUAAUGUAUUAACAUUGAUGGGACUGGCAUGUAUAAUCUUACCACAUAUACUCUACUUUUUUGUGAUGGGUGACAACUUUGCGGGAUUGAUACCAAAUUGGUUGCUCUGGCUUACAGCCCUCUUGCACAUGCUCUAUAUGAAUUUCGACAAUUUGGACGGAAAGCAAGCUAGGAGAACAAAAAAUUCCUCACCUCUGGGAAUGAUUUUGGAUCACAAUUUCGAUUCCAUGAUCAUCUUGCUAUAGGGCACUAGCAUGACUACUGCAAUGCAAUUUGGCAAUACCAUUUUCUCCGUCAUCCUCUACAUUAUCCCCUCUGUACCAUUUUAUAUCAUCGCUCAUGAAGAAUAUUACACACACGAGAUGAAUUUGCCAAUUAUCAACGCGGCCGCAGAAGGUACCGUAAGUGUGGCCGUAAUCUUUGCAGCAACUGCCUAUUAUGGAUGCGACAUGUGGGUAUAAAAAUUGCCAUGGUUCUUCAAUUAUCAGAUCAACUAAUUUGUUAUGCUUAUUUUCAUUAUUUCGGUUAUUAUAACUAUGCCAGCUGUGUUCCUCAAAAUCAAAAAGUUUACUUCCAUCACUUCCUUAUUAAAGUAACUAAGAUAUUUUUUCAUUUUUAACAUUGUCAUUCUCUACAGCAUCAUAUUUUCUCAAAGUAAUGUGAUUUAAAAUCAUGUCAGAGCUUAUAUGUAUACUGUUGGAUUCACUAUGUCAAAAGCAGUUGGUGUUGUUGCGCUUAAUCAUGUCAGUAAUCAAAAGUUACCAGAAUAUUAAAAUUCAAUUUACAUCUAUGUUGUCAUUUUCCUGAAUACAAUUUCCGGAUAAAUACUUGGGCAAUCUAUUAUCAACGAAGGAUUUUUAAUUUAAUUUGCUGCCACUGCUAGUUUUUUAAUUCAUAUUCAUUUUCUAUAUAAUGUGGCAAGAUAAAUAUCCGAAGCACUAAACAUUAAAAUUUUUUAAAUCAAUUCAAUAAACAAAUGA